GUGCACCAGGAGAGCCAGCGUCAGACCCAGGUGCCCACAGAGAGCGAGCCCAUGACCGCGGACGCUCCCACGAGAGGAAGCACCACCACUCGUCGGCCGACAAGCAGCGCUACUACUCCUGCGACCGCUUCUGCAGCCAGGAGCACUGCCACAGCAAAUCUGCCACUGCCAGCUGUGCCACCUCCCCCAGUGAGGGGCAGGAAACCGGCAACAAGCAGGGCAGUGGUUGGGUUAAAGGCAGCCCAGUGGCACUGAGUUCCAGCUCGAGCACGCCGAGCCGCGGACGUCGGCAGCUCCCCCAGACCCCCCUCACCCCUCGGCCAGGGGUGGCCUACAAGACUGCCAAUUCUUCCCCCGUGCACUUUGUGUCCAGCAGGGCCUCUCUGAGUCCUGGCCGGCUGAGCCGCGGCCUGUCGGAGCACAACGCCCUCCGACACAGCGGCUCUCAUCACAUCCCCUGCCCCGUCGCUCGCAUCAACUCUGAGCCCUUCCUGGGCCGGGGCCCCGGCGAGGCCCUGGGCGGCCCCUACGGCAGCCUCCGGGACCAGCUGGACGUCUUCCAGGACGUGGCGUCGCUGUCGCCCAGCCCCUGUGCCGGACGCUCAUCUUGGACCGCACUGCCUCGCGUGAUGGGAGCCCUGCCUCCGGCUCCGCAGCAGAACCUUGGGGUGCCCAAUGGGUACCACUUCAGCUUCGGGGGCAACACCAGCCCAGGCUCUGGCGUCAGGGCAUCCAGGUAUUACCAGGAGUCAGAGGAGGACGAAUGGCUUUAAACCAACCUUUUUGAUGCGUUUUUGAAGAACUGUGAUGAGUUUUAUCAUCUUCUUUGAAGGCUUUAGUUUACAUUGUCACUGUGUGUGUGUGUGUGUGUGUGUGUUUAAUGCUGUAUUUGAAACAUGGAGAGCUAAGGUUAGGGAGAAAACUUGAAUGUGAACGGGAUCAUGAAGCAGAGCAGGACAUCAGACUCUGCCGUGAUCCUUUAUCUGCUCUGACGUGAGUGUUUUGUUGACGCCUCCAUGUAGACCCACAAACAGGCUGACGAUGAGUCCCAAGUGGGUUGGCCCCACCUGUGUUUGCCACACUUAGUACCCUUUCCAGGCUUCCUUGGUACUAAGUGUGGUAUUUGUGUCCGAUCCUCAUAAUUUAUUCACCUUUUCUUCUCACAUUAUUCACAGUUUUGUGCUGCGUUUAUGUGCAAAGACCGUUGGAAUGAUCCACAACAGUGAAGCAUCAGUAAAGGUACAUGAAUUAACAUUACUUAAUGCUGUUGUAAGCAUUCACUCACAGUUAAUUAAUGUUCUAAUGAACCAUUUCUUAAUGUUAUCCAGGUAAAUGACGUCAUUAGUGCAUGUUUUCUGCAAGGUUCUGUAAAAGUGCUUUAGUUUUUGUUUCCCUUCACUUAUCAAUCCAGAUUAAAUCCAUAUUUCAUCUCCUCGAGGUUGAGAUGAGACACGACGACCCUGAGCCACCGAGUAGCAUUUACUAAUGUUAAUGAAUGUUAAUGAACAGGAGACUUUGUUGACGUGCGAGCUCAGCGUUGACGAACCUUUGCACAGACUCACCUGCUAACAUGAGAGCAUGAGCUGUAAUCUCAAGUAACCUGGGAUUACAAACUCACACAUUCACCCUUUGCAUCGCAUUAUAAAA